UUCUUGAUUUCUCCACAAUGUUCACCAAGCUUCCAAUACUUUAAUAAACUUAAUAUUUCUUAAUUAUGAAGUAAUUGAGUUUAAUAAUUCAACAGCCAAAACACGGAAGCAGGGGUCAGACAAGAAGUACCGGCAGCAGCAGCUGCAGAGCCCAUGGGAACAGACAAAUCCGAGGUUUCCCAAAAUCUGUGAUGUGAUGCAGAAGAGUCCAUAAUUCUUGAAGAGCGUAAGCAUAAGCAGUUGCAGAUUCUCAUAAUACUGGAUAAGCUACUCAUUUUGCUCUUCUUCAUUGAUUACACCAGUUUUUCCUCAUCUUAUCACACGUACUUACUAUACAGAUAAGCAGAGGCUGCCAGGUGCUGCCACCUACACACACUGCAUCCCUCUAUCCCCGUUAACAUCAUCUUCAUCUUCAUCUUCAUCUUCAUCUUCAUUCAGUUUUUUUCCAUCUCAGUAUGUUGGCAGUUUUUGAGAAAUCAGUUUCCAAGCCACCCAAAGAGCUUAGCCUUCCAGUUGGUGGGGGGAACAGAUCGGAUGAAAUUAUAGAAAUCUUCCGAUCAUGGAGAUCCGACAGCACCUUUUACCACCUCUCCAGCGAUAACUUCCUCGCUUUGUCCCAUCAAGGUGAAAAUCCAGCAAUUCCAAGGUCUGUUGUAGUGAUAGAUGACAUCUUUUGCAUGUUCUCGGGGGCAUUGCACAACACUUGUGAGAUGAGACGACACUACGGGCUGUCAAGGCAGGCCACUGAAGCCAUGAUCAUAGUCGAGGCCUACAAAGUUCUACGUGAUCGUGCACCCUACCCUCCCGACCAAGUGGUCAAGGAGCUCCAAGGGAAAUUUGCUUUUAUACUCUUCGAUUCCGAAGCCCCAACCCUUUUUCUAGCAAGGGAUCGCGAUGGCAGUGUUCAACUAUACUGGGGAACAGCCGGAGACGGCUCUCUGGUGUGCAGCGAUGAUCCAAAUGUCAUAUCCGCGGCUUGCGACAAACACUACACACCCUUUCCUCCCGGGUGCAUAUUUAUAGAUAGGAGUGGUCUGAUGAGUUUUGAUCACCCUCUGAAUAAAGUGAGAGGGUUUAUGAGGGAGGAUGAUGGCAGAGUUAUAUUCAAAGUGGAUCCAUACACUAGAAUUCCCACCAUCCCUCGCACCGGCAGCGCCGCCAAUUGGGCCAACGCCGUCUAGUUCAACAACCAACUUUAUUUGCUCUGUCUUUUCCAAAAUAGUAAUUAAGUGGCAAUCAACUUUAUUUUUUGUGCUCAAACUCUUGCAACUUUAGUGGAUGACAAUGGAAAUUUGUGUAUUACUUCAAAUAUAAUCCACCUAUGUCUAUGUGAAAUUUUCUAAUACCAAUUAAAAUUGGCUAGGAA